AUGUUCAAUAAUUUUACCCAAGAAGAUGGUAAGGUUUUUCUAAAAUAUCUCAAUUUUUUUGAAACAAAUAUUUUUAGACGGUUCAAUUUGUCUUAUACUGGUCUCGAUUACAUUUUUUCUAGUUGCUUUUGCAUAUUUUUCAACAAAGUUGAUAUACAAACUUGCCAAUCAGAGGUUGUUUUACUGCAUAUUUCAAUUUAGAAGUUACCAUUUUGUUUUAGGUUUGCUCAACUUGUAGCCGAGCAAAAACUUAUUGAUGAUCAAAAUCGGGAACAUGAAAAUGAAAAAGAAGAAUAG